AUGGAAGGGCAAAUCGUGAAUGUUAAGUUCGAUUUUACAGAAGAGUUGCUUUCUGUCACAUAUAAUAGAAAUGAACAAUAUAACGGGACAUACUUGGAUUCAUUAUACCUUACCGGAUCAUUACCGACAUCACCAACAUCUAAUGAUACUGUAAUACCAAAAUGCAAGGAGAUUGUAAUUACAUGUGAAUCUCACGAUCAAGGAUGGUCAUCUUAUCCUCAGGACAACGGUACAUACAAUAAUUCGUGGACAUGGGGAGAAAUUUCUAUUAUUACCUCAAAGCAAAACAACAAUCUGCAGGAUCAAUUAAUUAACUACGAAGCUAUUGAAAAGCAGCCGAAAACACGAUUUAGGGUUUAUACAAACAAACAUGCAGAUAAGAAUUGGCAAGUACAUAAACAGGAGUUCUUUUCGGAUCAUCCACUUGUACAAAGUCUGCAACCUGGUGAUAUUGUGGGACUUUGGAUUAGAUCUGACUUUCCGGGUUGGUGUAAUUACAUCAAGCGAGCUGAAAUAAAAUUCUACUACACUAUCUAG